CUUAUGGAAGACUCCAAUCAAACAAUUUCAGAAAGAUUCAUACUUCUCGGUCUGUCAGAUGUUCUGUACCUCCAGAUAAUCGGUUUUCUCCUGUUCUUGGGGAUGUAUAUGACCACGUUGUCAGGAAAUCUGAUACUGCUCAUUCUGGUGAGAAUUAAUUUGAACCUACAGACCCCCAUGUACUUUUUCCUCACAAACCUCUCAUUUAUUGAUAUCUGCUUCUGUUCCACCAUAAUUCCAAAAAUCCUUACAAACACUCUAGCCAAGGACAAGAGCAUUUCCCUACUAGGAUGCGCAACACAGAUGUAUUUUCAUUUGGCUUUGGGAGCCACGGAGUGUGUAAUACUGGCAGUUAUGGCCUAUGAUAGAUUUGCUGCGAUCUGUAAGCCGUUGCACUACAACACCAUUAUGAGCAAGAAGUUGUGCUUCUUCUUAGCUGCUGCAUCAUGGAGCAUUGGAUUCAUUAACUCAGCUAUCUUUGUGGUCAUCACCUUUCAACUGCCAUUCUGCAGGUCUCAUCAUGUCAACCACUUCUUCUGUGAGAUGCCUCCUUUCUUUCGAUUGUCCUGCAAAGAUACUUGGCCCAACGAAAUAGCAAUGUAUAUCUCAACUGGGAUCAUCGCAUUGUCUUCUUUUAUCUUGACUUUAAUUUCAUACAUUCAUAUUAUCUCCACCAUCUUAAAGAUUCAUUCCUCACAGGGAAGGCAUAAAGCUUUCAACACAUGUGCCUCCCACCUCACUGUGGUGGUCCUAUACUAUGGGCCCAUUAUGUUCAUGUAUAUGCGGCCUCGAUCUAGUCGUUCUCCAGAGACAGACAAAACCGUGUCCAUUUUGUACACAGCAGUGACUCCAAUGUUAAAUCCCAUCAUCUACAGCAUUAGGAAUAAGGAAGUUAAAGGUACCAUUAAAAAGACACUCACUGGGAUCAUGGCUUGA